AUGAGCGCGCUCUGCGAGAGUUACUACUCCAGGGAAAAGGUGUUCGUGGAAAGCUUCGCGUGUCCGAAGGCGGGGGGCGACUCCACGGCCGUCUUCUGCUGCGGCUUCAGUGACUUAAAGUACUGCUGCGAUGACCCGAACAGCUUCUUCCCAUACGAAUAUGGAUACAUGUGGUGGCUGAGCCUCGGCGCUCUUGUGGGUCUUUCUGUCGCAGCCGUGGUCCUUCUCGCUUUCAUCAUCACUCUGUGCGUCCUCUGCUAUCUGUUUGUCACCACCAAACCCAGAGGUCUGGACAGCGGACUCCCUCUUCGAGCGCCAGAUGUGUUGGUGAGUCAACAAGGAGCUGGAACGAGCCACAGUAGCGCCCCCUCUGGUCCCCAAGGCCUCAGGAAACACUUUGUGAGAGGCAAGCUAGACUGUGACAACCAGCAACCAGACCCAGACCGCCUUUUUCAGCGCUGCUUCAUGGCCACCGUUACAUCCAUCAAUGUGGAGAACCCUGCAUAGGGAAAACAUGGUUAUUGUUCAGUUCUUUAUUUUGUAUCUGCACCAAUGUUUGGUUUCAAGAAACAAAAAAUAUAUAAUAUGAUUAGAUCAGUUAGCAGGUGGAGAAACUUUUUCAUGGCUCUAGUUAAUUGGGAAGUUGAAACUUAGAUUUUGACAGGUAACCUUUAGCAUCUCUAAGCUUUAAGAAAAUCCUUAUAAAUUGUUCCGAAAUAUAUGUUUUGAUAUAAAAAAGUUCAUUUAUCCAAUGCAAACAAUAAAAAUCAGGAAUUAUACUUCUUAGUCUUUCAAAGCUAUGUAUGAUGGAGAGAAAGCUAAGACUCCUAAUAGCAGAGAAGUGAGUUUUUUUUUUUUCUGAGUACUAAAAAUCACCUAAUGCUUAGAAACCAAGGUGUUAAUACUAAUCCGAUCUUCUUAUUUAUCUCUUUAUCUAAAGCAAAAGAACGUGAGCAAGGCAGCUGUUAAUUCUGCUCUGUCCUGUAAUAAGAAAUCAAUGUUCACUUUAUAAAAUAUCUAGAAGCUGCCACCCUCCUUUGAGAUCCGGAUAGAUGUAAUGUCACAGUCUAUUAGCACAUUCUGCUCAUCAUUUUUCAACCCUCGUCAUCGGUGGAGAGCAGAAUUUGCUUCUCAGCACCCAGAUUGAUACGCCAUUGAUGUGAUCUGCAUAUUUUAAGCUCAGUUUUACAAAUGCAUGAAUAGUAAUUUUUUUUUGUAAAGCCCUGCAGUCAAAGCAAACAAAAAUUUGGAAACUGGAAAAUGUUGAAAUUAGUUUUAUGCUCAUCUAGGGAUACAUUUCAUAUUCAUUUAUACCCAUUCAGAAUAGCUAAAAUCGAGCUUCUGGGAUUGAGAACUAAUGUUUUGGUCUUUAAACUGCCUAAUUUAAAUAAAAAAUAAAAACUAAGCUCAUAAAUAGCAUGGUGAGAUGCUAGAGUAUGAAACAAUAUAUGUUUCAAAGACUAAAAAAAUUGGAUAGAAAUGUAUUCAGGUGGCAAUCUCCCCUCUGUAUACAUGUGAUAAAUGUCAGGUCUUUGCCAGCAAAUCUCUAAUUUUUUACAGUGUUGGCCUGCAGCUCUUGUUACCAGGAGUCAGAUUAAACCAACAGUGGCCUAAAGUCAGUCUAUCCAUUUCCAUAACAUGAAUCAAAUGUCGGUAUAACUGUGUGUCUCUACAAUAGUAGGAAGAUUGAGUCUCCAUCACCGAAUAUCAUCUGCCUAAAUGUCUCAC